AUGAGUUCUUCAGUUAUUCAGUUCCUGUGCCAGAAACUGGUUUCUUUUUUACAUGCUCUGUUCAAUUUCAUCUCCACAGUAAUCUUCAGGCUGAGAAAAAAUGGGAAUUCAUUAAAAAGUAAUCUAGAUUAUUCAGAGGUUAUUUCAGGGGAAACCAAUGUGAAAGGAAUAAAUUUUGUUGUAGAAACAGAGUCUGAAUCGGAAAAAGAUAUUGCUGAAUUUAGAGGUUUUGAAAAUGAGGUUGAGGGAGAGAAAUCAGAGGGUUUUCUAAAUUUCAAGUUUCCAACUUUUGAAGAAUUUAGCAGAAGCAAGAAAGAAUUGGUCCCUUUUACGAGUACCGAGUUCAUACCUGGGAGGAGUAGUAGUAGCUCAUUCGUAGAUGAACAGGCAAAUUUUAAAGCGCAAGAAAUUACGCAUAAAGACAGAAGUCGGGGUUGUUCUGAAAAUGAAGAAGAAAUUAUUGCUGUUGAUGAGUGUUUGCUAGAAAAAACCUCGGAGAAAGUUGAUAAUGGAACAGAUGAUAUUCUCGUGGACGAGAAAGAAAAUGCAGUUGGCGAGAGAAUUGAAUUUUCUGAAAAGGAGGAACGGGUGGUUAAUGAAGAAAACAAUUCUGCAGACGAUCAAGAAUUUUUGGAUGAAGGCCAGUUCCAUUCAGAGAAAAAUCCCAUGGUUACUGAUUCUGAUUCUGAAUCUGAAUCUACAAGUUUUGAGCGUAUCCGUUCUGUUGUGAAUAGCUUAGUUGAUUCGUACAGUGAGGGCUUCCUGUCAGAUGGAGAGUUUGGUUUUGAUGCUUCGAUGGAUACUGAUGGUGAAAAGGAGAAUUUAGAUUCAGAAGGUGAAUGGUCAGAUUUGGAAGAAAAUCAGGAAUUAUCAAAUGAAUUUGAUGACGAAGACAGUGAUGUGAUGGAAGAGCUUAGGAAAUUAGAAGAGGAUACGUUAACCUCGGAUUUUCUGUCUGAAAACGAUUUUAAUGUAGAUUUAGACAAGAAAACUAAGGAGCAAUCCGUGCACAAAAAUGGCGCUAAUGAUUCAGAAAAUCAGAAGUCAAGAGAUUCAUCAACAUCGAAUUCUGAGGAUGCAAACAAAUUAGAGUCAUUGUGGGAACAUCGAGAAUUGAUUGAUCAGUUGAAAAUGGAACUUAGAAAGGUUAGGGCCACUGGGUUGCCCACCAUUUCAGAAGAAUCCGAGUCUCCUGAGAUAAUGGACGACUUAAAGCCAUGGAAAAUUGACGAAAGGUUCCAACUAGAAGAUUGCAUCGACGAGCUUAACAAAUUCUACAAGUGCUACAGAGAAAGGAUGCGGAAAUUCGAUAUCUUGAACUACCAGAAGAUGCACGCAAUAGGUUUUAUGCAGCUAAAGGAUCCUCUUCAAUCAGUUUCAAGGCAUAAACGGUCUGCUCCAACGCUUAAAUCCAUUUUUCCGUGUAAUCUUUCGCUAUUCAAGCAUGGAAGCCGUGGCACUGACCCAAUGAAAAAUCUCAUCAAAGAAUUGCAGGCCGAUCUUGAAGUCAUAUAUGUUGGACAGAUGUGUCUUUCUUGGGAAUUCUUACAUUGGCAGUACGAAAAGGCCUUAGAUUUAUGGGAUUCAGAUCCCCGUGGAAUCAAUAGAUAUAACGAAGUUGCUGGUGAAUUUCAACAGUGUCAAGUGCUCAUGCAAAGAUUUAUUGAAGAUGAACCUUUCCAAGGGCCAAGAGUUGAAAACUACAUCAAGAGUCGAUGUGUCCAUCGAAAUCUUCUUCAAGUUCCCGUCAUAAAAGUGGAUAGCUUAAAAGACAAAAAGAAAGCAAGAAGUAAAGACACAGACGAAUACAUUGUCACGAGUGAUAUGCUGGUGGAGAUCGUAGAAGAAUCUAUACGAAUUUUUUGGCGAUUUGUUCGAGCUGAUAAGGGUUGCACCAGUGCAAGUGCAAAGGAAAAACCUGAGCUUCAGAAUCCUGAAGACCUGGAGCUUUUGAUGGAAGUUAGAAAAACACUUCAAAAGAAAGAAAGAAAGCUCAGAGACAUUUUGAGAAGUGAAAACUGCAUACUGAGGAGAAUCCGACGAUAUAGGGAUGACGAUUUGGAUCAAGUGCUUUACUUUUUCGCUCAAGUAGAUAUGAAAUUGAGACUCACGUAUCGGAAGAGGCAUAGCUAUGCCACCAAAUCCAAUCAACACAGGAUUGUAAAAACUCCGGGAGGGAAGCUGGUGUACCAGAGCACUAAGAAGCGAGCUAGUGGACCCAAGUGCCCUGUUACUGGAAAAAGAAUCCAAGGGAUUCCUCAUUUGAGACCUGCUGAAUACAAGAGGUCCAGAUUAUCUAGGAACCGGAGGACUGUAAACCGUGCCUAUGGUGGUGUACUGUCUGGAGGCGCUGUUAGGGAGAGGAUAAUUCGAGCCUUCUUAGUUGAAGAGCAAAAAAUCGUGAAGAAGGUUCUAAAGAUUCAGAAGGCUAAAGAAAAGCAAGCUGCCAAGAGCUGA